GCUGAGUGUGACACACCUCAGAGCAGCUGAUCUGCGUGAACUCGCCAUGUGUGUACGCGUAAUAACAGGAAGUUAAACCCAACAAGGAACUGCUGGAGAGUGUGUGAGACGUAUUAGAGAGAUGCUCUGGAAGGUAAUAUUACUGCUGAUGCUGGCUUUGCCCACUCUGGCACUGGACAACGGACUGAUGAGGACGCCCCCUAUGGGCUGGAUGUCCUGGGAGCGGUUCCGCUGUAACACUGACUGCAGGACUGACCCUAAAAACUGCAUCAGUGAAGCUCUGUUUGUAGACAUGGCUGACCGGCUAGUUGAGGAUGGCUGGUUGAAGUUGGGUUAUAAAUACCUCAUUAUAGACGACUGCUGGUCAUUCAUGUCCAGAGACAAUAAGGGACGGCUAAUGCCUGACCCUAUCAGAUUUCCGAAUGGAAUCCACAAGCUGGCACGUUACGCUCAUGACCGCGAACUCAAACUGGGUAUUCAUGCGAACAUGGGCAAACAAACGUGUGCUGGGUACCCGGGCACUAUGCUGGAUCAGAUAGAGAAAGAUGCCCAGACGUUUGCAGACUGGGAGGUGGACAUGCUGAAAUUUGAUGGCUGCUACUCAAACGUUAAUGAACAACAGAAGGGUUUUCCUCUCAUGUCCAAGGCCCUAAAUGCCACUGGACGUCCAAUCGCCUACUCCUGUAGCUGGCCUGCAUACCGUGGUGGACUUCCUCCAAGUGUAAACUACACAUUUCUGGGAGAAAUCUGUAACCUGUGGCGUAACUAUGAUGACAUUGAGGACUCCUGGGAAAGUGUGCUGAGGAUUGUUGAUUGGUUCUUCCAAAACCAGGACGAUCUCCAGCCUGUUUCAGGGCCUGGCCACUGGAAUGACCCCGAUAUGUUGAUCAUUGGGAACUUUGGGCUGAAUCUGGAGCAAUCACAAGCUCAGAUGGCCUUAUGGGCCAUCAUGGCUGCGCCUCUGAUCAUGUCAAAUGAUCUUCGAACUCUGACUGGUGAGGCCCGGAAUAUCCUACAGAACAAAGCAGCCAUUGCCAUCAAUCAGGACCCUCUGGGCAUCCAGGGGAGACGCAUACUGCAGGAUGAGGGCCAUAUUGAGGUGUUCUGGAGGCCUCUGUCCAAAUCUGCGAGUGCACUGGUGUUCCUGAGUCGACGGACAGACAUGCCCUACCGCUACCACUCGACCCUCAGCCUGCUUAACUACACAUCCGACAGCUAUACGGCCUAUGAUGUGUUUAAAGAUGAAACUGUGUCUUUGCCGUCAGUUAACACCCAUUUCACCGUCACCAUCAACCCGUCCGGAGUCGUGAUGUGGUAUGUUUACCCUGAUAAAUCCUUGGAGCACGCCAAGGAGACUGGAGGGCAUCCAAACUUCCAAAGGAAAUAUGCCCACGCCUCUCAGCAGCGUCCAAAACACAACAUGGCCCCAAUUCUGCUUUAAACCUGAACAAUUUCAUUUCAUUUCUUUUAUACACUGUGAAUUUAUCUGCACUGUCACAACUUCUUAUGACUCCCAAAUAAGGAAUUCUGGGUCAAAUCCAGUUUUAUCUAUGGGAAAAAUCAAUUGCGUUUUUGAAAAUCACCAAUAUGGCUGACAAAAAUGUUCUAAGUAUGUUUUAUCCACACGUUUAUUACCCCUGAAUGUCACUUCAUCUGAAUUAUAAGGUUGUCAAGGAGCUGAAAUGCUAGUAUUGCUACAUACAUGCUACAUACAAGUAAGAUGAAGGUUAAAAUGAAUACUGUUAUAUAACAGUAGCUACUCAAAUUAGCCACUUAACUACCAUACUUGACAAAGCUUGCUGGUUUGUGUGGGGUAUUUUGGUGAGGUUGCCAGUCUUAGUUUGUCAGUUCAGUGCUUAGGAAUGUGUGUAACAAUGUUCUUAUUUCGACUAUGUAUUGAUUUCAUGAAUGAUAUCACACAAUGAUAUUCAGGGCAAAAUGUACACAAGACAGAAUGUAUAGACUUUGUGAUUCAUUCAUUAAUCCCAUAGCAUUAUAUGAACACCAUUCAUUUUCCCUACAGACCUCUGAAGUCAUGUCGUCAUUCUGUAGUCAUGCUCUGAAUGUUAUUUCAGGUCUAAACUGGUUUUCUCCCAGUCCCAGCUGGUGUUAACAGCAAACUAUGAAGUGACGAGACCUCAGAGGUCUAUUGUCUGCCAGAGUUUCCAGAUUGGUACUACUGUCUUACACUGUUUGAUUUACUCAUGUGAUUUUUCUCUGUCAUUUUCUAAAAGUUCAUCCAUGAAGCCAAUAAAACAUUACUAUGA